AAGCCCCUUCAAGCAGGAAGAGGAAGCAGACCUGCUGAGCAACAGCAGUAGUGUUCAACAUGGAGUUGGAUCACAAUCAGUUCUGCUGUUCAGUGUGCCUGGACCUGCUAAAAGAGCCAGUAACGAUUCCCUGUGGACACAGUUACUGCAAGCACUGCAUUGAGGGAUGCUGGGACCAGGAAGAGGAGACGGGGACGUACAGCUGCCCUCAGUGCAGGGAGACCUUCACCUCGAGGCCCGUCCUGAGGAGGAACAACAUGCUGGCUGAGGUUGUUGAGAAGCUGAAGAAGUCAAGCACCCAUCAGGCUUCUCCAAAUCCUCCACCUCCUCCACCACCUGCUGCUGCUGCUGCUGAGGCCUGUGCUGGUCCAGCAGAUGUUGCCUGUGAUUUCUGUUGUGAGACCAGACCCAACAAAGCCACGAUGUCUUGUCUGACAUGUUUGGCGUCUUACUGUCCAGCUCACCUCGAGCCUCACUACAGCGUUCCUGUUCUGAAGAAGCACCAGCUGGUCUCGACCACAAUCCCGCUGCAGAAAAAGAUGUGUGAAAAGCACAACAAGCUGAUGGAGGUCUACUGCCAGACAGACAGGAAGUGCGUGUGCUAUCUGUGCAUUCUAGAUGAACAUAAGCAACACAGCACGCUGUCAGCUGCAGCAGAGAGGGAACGGGAACAGAAACAGCUGAGUGCAAGACAAAAGGAGGUCCAGCAGAGAUUCAAGGAGCGCGAAAAGGAGCUGAAUGUGCUCAUCCAAGCUCUGAAGGAUUUCAAGAGUUGUAGUAAGACUGCAGUGAAGACCAGUGAUGAUAUCUUUGAUCAGCUGAUCUCCUCCAUGAAGGAUAAACGCACUUUGGCGCAGAAGCUGAUCACAGAUCAGGAGAAAACUGCCAUCGCUCAGGCUGAGAAGCUGCAGCUGCAGCUCGAGGAGGAGAUCACCAGCCUGAGGAGGAGGGACGCCGAGCUGGAACAGCUUUCUCAUGUGGACGACAACAUCCACUUCAUUCAGACUUUCAAGACCCUCUCGGCCCCCUGUGAAAAUCCAGACUUACCUUGUGGUCCUCCUGUUUGUCCAAAACGUUGGUUCAAAUCCGUGACUGACUGUGUGUCUAAGCUGAAGGAUGACAUGGAGAGCCUCCUGAAAGACACAUGGCCCAAAAUCUCUGCCACAGUGUCCACAAUCAAAGUUGUGCUGCCUCCUGAGCCAAAGACCCGAGAGGAUUUUUUACGCUAUUCCUGUCCUCUAACACUGGAAAAGAACUCAGCCCCUGAAUAUCUGACCAUUUCACAAGAUUACCGGCGAGUGACGAGUACAGCCCCUAGGAAUCAUUAUAGAUGUUAUGAGUUGUCUGAGAGUUAUGAGUACUCUGACAGCAUAACAAAACUCAGACAGGUGCUGUGCAGAGAGGGUUUGUCAGGGCGAUGUUACUGGGAGGUCAGUUUAAGUGGUCGGAUUUGGUCUGUGGCAGUGUCAUACAAAGACGCAUCGGACUCAGAGUUUGGAAGUAAUAAUGGGUCAUGGAGUCUAGACUGCUCCCAAAAUGGUUGCUCUUUUCGACAUAACAGGACAGCAGUUAAAGCAUCAGGCACUAAAACUUCCAAGAUCGGAGUGUACCUGGAUUACGAGGCAGACACUUUGGCCUUUUAUAAAGUCGACUCUAACAUGAUGACUCUGCUCCACAAAGAACAGGCCACAUUCACUCAGCCUCUGUAUCCUGGUCUCGGGCUGAGGAAUGAUGGAUCUUACUCAAGCAAAAGAUAUCAUGCAGAGCUGAUGAAGUUGUGGUGAUAAAAUACAUAUUGAGGUGGUUAAAAUAUGCCACUGGUGACAGGGCUGUAAUUAUCCCUCCAAUACAAAGAGUGAUAUCAUGUAGAGUAAGGAGUCUGAAACUGAUUGUUCCAACAGCAGUCAUGCAAAAGCUUGUGCUGGGGUUCACACACACACAGCUGCAGGACUACAGGUACUAGCAGUAGUAAUAAUGAUAAUGUGUUUAGUUUUGAUAGUGAUAGUGCAUUAAUGUCCCAUUAAGCUUUUCCCAGUGUGUCCUUUUUCCUUCUGUUUAGACUCAGUGACCUCAUAUUGUUCAGCAUGUACUCUCACUUGAGAGUUUAAAACCAACAAAUGAGAAGAGAGCAGCAUUUGAGAGGUGAUGCUUCUUAAGGAAGGGAGGGAGGCCAGAGUUAUGUGGUUGUAUUCCUCUGUGUACCAGUUGCAGUUUACAUCCAUGUCCAAGUGUACUUCUUCAUGAAAUGGAAGUUAUCACUGUAUUUUUUAAUUUUCUCUGCAUGUACCAGUAAAUGUCAUGUAAACUUAUGGUUUAGACAAAUAUGUGGUUGGCACUUUGGCACUAUCUGAAUAAACUCAAUUGAAAC